AGAGUCCAGAUCGGAAGAGCCGAGUCCGGGCAGAGGGGUCCGCGGGCUCUGGAGGUGCUGGACGGGUGCGAUCCGAGAGCAGACCGGGGUCCUCGCGAGCCUCUCCCGGCCCCUGCCCGCGAUGAGCGAGGCCAGCCGGCUGUGCUCCGGCUACUACAGCCUCAACCAGAGCUUCGUGGAGCCCUUCCAGUGCCCCCGGCGCGGCGAGGGGGCCGCGCUCCAGUAUUGCUGCGGCUUCGCCGACCUCAAGUACUGCUGCAGCGAGCCGGGCAGCUACUUCCCCUACAAGCACAGCUACAUGUGGAGCCUCAGCAUUGGUGCCUUGAUUGGACUAGGAAUUGCUGCCCUUGUUUUACUCGCCUUUGUCAUCAGUGUCUGUGUCCUUUGCUAUUUAUUUCUGUAUACGAAACCUCAAAGAUUAGACACUGGCCUUAAGCUUCAACACUUAGAGGCUUCUUCCACUCAAGAAGGCAAGUCAAAUGGAAAAACCAAAGCCCUCAAUUCAAAUGCAGCAUCAAAUGCAACAAAUGAAACAUACUAUGAAGCUGAUGAUAUAAUUCAAGAAAAAACAAUGGAUGCAACACAAAUCCACAUUGCUUAUUAACUAAAAAUUCUGUGUUUUAAAUGCUUACUGGAGAGAUGGGGCAAUAAAAAUAAAGCGUGCAUUUGAAACGGUUUGUAAUAUUGCUUUUCAAAAAUUCGUCACUCACAAAGCAAGACACAGCUGCAUUUUUGAUCAUUCAGUUACUUUAUUAAACGCACAUUAAGGUUU